UCGUGGCUUUAUGUGUGUGGCCGUGUGAAAAAUGCUUUUUAGGCCUAGAAAGAGGCGCACGCAAGGAUAAGUAAUCGCUUAGGAUCAACCCGUGCGAGUUGGAGGACACCUUGGCUCAGGUCGCUUGCUCAGCGACGACGCCCGGUUAAAACAACCAACCACCGGAAUGCCACGUAAUGGUACCGGUGAACCAUUGAUUUCUGUCCCGAAAACCCGAUGAUUAUCUUUCCGCAGACCACGUACGACCAGCCGGCUUAAAAUACGGUUCCCAAAAGAGUUCCGGCACACAGGUCCCACUCAUCUGUCCCGGGCUGUUUUGACGCAGCCGAGCAUCUCUUCGCCGAGGAAGCCGAAAGAAAGAAAGUUGAGCCAAAACCGUAGAUCCAGAAUGCAGAAAAUGUUACCACAUCCCUAUUCCGCGUGCUGGCUGAUCUUGGUCGGAAUGUGGUCGUUUGCGGCGGCAAAUGGGGAGUUGCAUAAUGUAGUGUACGCCAUCAACGCUGGCGGAGAGGCUCACACCGACGCGUACGGUAUUCACUAUGCACGCGAUCCCCUGAUGGGAAAGAUCGGCACCGAGUCGGAUUACGGUCGACAGUUGCUGGCGAUAAAUCGCGUAAAACCGAACGACGAGAUACUGUACCAAACGGAACGCUACCAUCACGAUACAUUCGGAUACGACCUACCACUGGCCGGCGAUGGCGAGUACGUGCUGAUCCUCAAAUUCUGCGAAGUGUACUUCAACGGUCCGAACCUGAAGGUGUUCGAUGUGCUGCUCAAUCGCCACACGAUUGUGUCCGAUUUGGACAUCUUUGCGCUGGUGGGAAAGGGAACCGCUCACGAUGAGUACGUGUUCUUUUCCGUGUCCCGCGGACGGUUGUACUACAAGGAAGAGAACUCGGAGGUCCGUGGCGGCAAAUUGAAGCUCGAGUUCCUGAAGGGCUACAAGGACAACCCGAAAGUGAACGCCAUCGUGCUCAUCAAGAGCUACGACGAAGCCAAUCUUCCAAGGUUGAGCCCAAUACGAAGUGAACCCGGCCACGGUUCGGCCACCUCCACGAGGGGGUCACCGUCCAAGGCGUACCCGGGGCAGCUCGAUGACGGUUUCCAGGAGGCAGCGGAAGACAGCAUUAUGGACGAUUUCUUCACCGGUCCAUCGCCCUCGAGCGAGUCGGUGCAACAGUCGCCGCCGAAGCAGCGCAAAACGAGUGGCCCCAAACAGCCGAACCCUUACUCGCUGGACGAGUCAUCCAUGAUGCUCCCCGUGUUCAUCGCAAUCGGAGCCUUCAUACCGCUGCUGUUCUGUUUGUGUAGGCUGUGAGAUUUUCGUGGAUUACUUUGUUACAAAAUCCCAUACCCAGCAGCCCGUCACAGUUACGCUUUGUGAUGUCGUUCCGUGGCGUAUAAUGGUUCCUUAGGUAUAAACACACUUUUAUCUAGUACGUUUGUUGGUUUUAAGGUAUUUUAAACGGUCGGCAACGAUCGUUUAUCGAGUGCACCAGGCUAAUGGCUAUAUCAAAAUCCCUGUUCCGGGAAUAGGUUUACUGAUUAGUGAAUUUUUCAAAACGAUGCAAUUCGACGCUCAAAACUAUACACACUUACACGUAACUCUACAUUCCUUAUGGCGUAAAGCCAGCGGGGCGGUACUUAACAUAAAUCGGUAUUAUCACGGUAGAUAACUAAAUGGUAUGGUUUCGUUUGUCUUGAACCAUAUACUUAACUCUAAGUUGACGAUUGAUCGUUGUUUGUUUGAUCACUUUUGGAAAUGGUUUUUUUCGGAUACUUUUUCAUUAAAAGGCACCAGUACCGGGGAAGCACCAGUACUACGGCUUUAGGUUUAGAUUGUCAGAACAUGAUCUCGUGCCGAAGUAAACGCUAAUGAAACCCCAAAUGGCGUGGUGGCCGAUGGAGGCUACAGCUAGUAAGUACUACAUAAUACUAGGGGAAAAAGUCACUAGUUAAUAAUGGAGUUGAUUGCACAAAUAGCGCACAAAGAAUGGUAGCCAACAACUGAUCAAAGAGGGGAAGAUAAAUUAUGCUAGCAAACUGUCUGGCGGUGAUGGACUAUAUUAAUUUUAUUUCACAACAUAAGUUCUACAUAUAGUGGAUGUGUGAAUGCGGAAGUACAGUUUUUGAAUAAAUUAUGAGUUAUUUUCUCUCCCCGCUA